CCACCACCACCACUUCAUCUUCUUCUUCUCCUACAAAUACCUCUUCUCAUUCUCUGAAACUGGGACCCUUUCGAUAUCUCUCAAUCUCACUACCCAUGGAACCUGCUUGCUCUGAGUUCUGGCUUCCGCCGGAGUUUCUCACUGACGAUUUCCUCGUUGAGAAGGAGAACAAAGAGUCGGUGUUCCCGUACGAGCCGAGUCAUGGCUUUGGGUUGGACUCGAGUUACGGCGACGAAGAGAGCUUCUUGAGCCGGAAAAUGGUUCAGUCAACUCUUGAAGAUGACGACGCCAUGGCGUGGGGUAUGACUCGUUCGACUCGGUCGACUCGGUGUGGAGGCGGUUUCCGCAGUCAGGCGACGGCGUGGGAUAUGUACUGUGCGGCGACAGAAGAACUGGCGAUGAUGAGUCUGAACGGUUACAACAACCAUCACAGUAGCAGAGGACCUCUUGAUCAUCCGAGGAAACACCCCCUCGCCGCAGCUAAAAUCUCUAACGACGGCUCGGGCUUCUACAGCCGCCAAUCUCUCCAGUACCAGAAGCUUCAAGCUAUUCAACAGCUAAAGCGGCAACAGUUGAUGAAAUACCAUCGCCAAUUAGCGCAGGAGAGGGUGAAUAAUCACAGUCAUGUGGAUUUGUCGCCUUCUGCAUGGUGUACCCAGCCACAGAGGCGUGAUGUUUCGCGCAUGCGUGCUGAUUAUUUCCUUGGAGAUCGUACCGGAAUACGCGGUUCAACCGGAACCGGCGUCUUCUUGCCUCGUUCCCCUGUAACCGCCCAGACUCGCAAGAAGCCCACUCGUGGUACGGUUAUGGUUCCGGCUCGAGUGGCGCAUGUGCGUAGCCUCAACGAAUCUGUGGUCCACCAGACACCAUACCGGUCUUCGGCUAGUUUCAGCGAUGCGUCGUGGAGACAGAGGAGUAACAAUGGUGGGUACUCGAGCCAGAUGAUGAUAGAGCAGACAGUGAACGAGCCUCGGUUACCUUCGGAUUGGGCUUAUUGACCACUUUUGGGGGUUUUUAGGGAAAGUUUGAAGAAAAGUGAAAGAGGAAUAAAGUUUAGAUUUUGAAGACAGGGUGUAGUGAAGUAGCCGCAAAAUUAGGGUUAUAUAGAUAAAGGAAGAAGAUGUGGACAGACAGUAACGAGGUUUUGGAUCGUUUAACCACCAUUGAUGAUGACUAAUAGAAGAACAAAAGGAGCUUUGAGGGAGGAUAAGAUCUUUUUUUUUUGGUUUUCUCGGUGAAAUUUGGUAAUAACUGUCUGUGACUGGGCUGUUGCUUUUCUCCUUCCUCUCUCCCUCUCUUUUGUUCUCGCAGCUCUGAAGCAAUGGAGAAAGUAUUAGUAAAAAUAAAGGAUUGUUUAAUAA